UAUUUUUAAAGUUGCCAUAGGUGUGUUUGGGGAAUGAUUUGUGAAUGAGAAGGCAGAACUUGUCCAAAGAUUUGGGUUUAAGUCGGAUAGAUUCGAUUCAGCAGAUAACAGUGGCCAGCAUUUAAUGGACUUGUACUUAGUGGCAAGUGCUGUCCUGGGCAGUCUUGGUGUAUUAAUUCACUUAGGCCUUAUGGUGACCCUGUGUGCUAGAUUAAUGUUAUUUCCAUUUCACAGAAGAAUGAACUUGGGCAGAGAUAAGUAAAUUGACAUGCCCAAAGUCAAAGGCUAGUAGAUGGAAAAGCUGGAGUUUGAAUCUAGGUCCUAAGCAAUGAACUGGGCACCUGUGUUAACUAUCAAUGUCUUGCUGGGCCUAGAGAUGGAUAUGGAGUGGUGAAAGAGUCUGAUAGAUGAGAUUUUGCUGCCAGGUCAUACUGAAUUUCUGAGCCUCAGUUUCCCCAACUCUAAAACUGGUACCUAAACCCUGCCCUCCCUACCUCAUGAGAUGUGUUUUGUAGCCUCCGUUGCCCUGUGUCAUAUUAGCGUUUGGAGGCAGUCUCAGGUGGUUGAAGGCUGUGUGUGUGCAUGGCUUUGGUUUGCAAACAUCAGAGAAGAUGGAGUGGAAACGGGAGGGCAGGAGAGAGGGUGGAGGAGAUGCUCCAGGGAUGUGGUCGUGAUGUGGUCAUGUCGGGCACCCAGCUGGCCCCGUAUUCCUGAUGGUCUGGUUCCCUGUUGUUGCUGUGUGCUCCGGCCAGAGUCACACCCCUCAGCAUGAAGCAACAGGAGAUUGAUUUCACAGUCCUUUAAAAUGCCGCCUCCUUGCCUCUCUGGCUGGCCUGCAGGGUGCUUUGGUCACCCUCUGGGUAUCCGCUCUUCCACUUGCUGCCUGUAAAUUAAGUUACACACGCAGUGUUUGAGGAUGGACUCUGGGCUGCUGGCUAAGUCUUGGAUCCAGAGGGUGGCCUUCCAUUUUGUAUUGAAGGAGUCCACCCUCAAACAGUUCACAGUAUUUUCCUUCAAACACAAGAACAGAAUCCAGAGCCUUUAACUUUCUGUGACUCAGCAAAGAGCAUUGCACCCUUUCCCUGGAUUAUAGUGCUCUGAGUCCGUGAUCCUUUCGAGAUCACGGUGAGAAGCGCCUUUGUGACUCAUAGAAGUGAGUUGCUCUCGGUGAUUCACGUUUAGCACUAAAUUCUUACCCCGGGAGCCCUGGUGUGGGUCAUUAGUAUGGAUGGAGCACGUUGAAGAACCAGGCCUGGUUGUAGGGGCUUUUUAUAUAUGCCUUCAUCUCUGAGCCUCACAACAGCCUUGUAAAGCCGGUAUCGCAGCCCUAAUUGUAUAGACAGAGGAACUGCAGCCUGCCAGCAUCAUGUGGUCUCAAAAGCUGGUGAGAAGCAGGGCCCCCAGCCCUCUGUCCACACGAGAGCAUUGUUUAGGUGAGGGCUGCUUCCUGCUGAUAAUGAUAUGUAUAUCCUAGAGGUUUAAAUGCUUUGUGCCAGUUAUGGGAGACUUUUUCUGUAAAGGCUGCAGGGUAAAUAGUUCAGACUUUGAGAGCGUCUCUGUCACAGCUGCUCAACUCUGCCAUUGUUGAGUGAAAGCAGCCAAAGGAAAUAGGUAAUUGGGUGGGCCUGGCUCUGUUUCAAUAAAACUUUAUUUAACUAAAACAGGCAGUGGGCCAGAUUUGGCCUGUGGGGUGUGAUCUACCAACUCUUGACUUAAGGUUUUGUCUAAAUGGAAAUAGCUAUUAUUAUUAGGACUAUUGUUUCCUGACUGUUUUGGAAGAAGGACAACAGAUGAGCUCACCAAAGACAGAAAGGGUCAUUUUUUUUGGAGGUGGCACCAGGGAGAUCGGAUCCGCCCUGACCAGGAUGUGCAUGAGGCAUCGGAGCAUAGAAGCCAAGCUGAGGCAGUUCUCCAGUGCUUUAAUCGACUGUCUGAUAAACCCACUUCAAGAGCAGAUGGAAGAAUGGAAGAAAGUGGCCAACCAGCUGGAUAAAGACCACGCGAAAGAAUAUAAAAAAGCUCGCCAAGAGAUAAAAAAGAAGUCCUCAGAUACACUGAAACUGCAGAAGAAAGCCAAAAAAGUGGACGCUCUCGGGCGAGGUGACAUCCAGCCCCAGCUGGACAGCGCGCUCCAAGACGUCAAUGACAAGUAUCUCCUGUUGGAAGAAACAGAGAAGCAGGCUGUCCGGAAGGCUUUGAUCGAAGAACGCGGCCGGUUCUGCACCUUCAUUUCUAUGCUGCGGCCCGUGAUUGAAGAAGAAAUCUCAAUGCUGGGGGAAAUCACUCACCUGCAGACCAUAUCGGAAGAUCUGAAAAGCCUGACCAUGGACCCUCACAAACUGCCCUCCUCAAGUGAACAGGUGAUUUUGGACUUGAAAGGUUCUGAUUACAGUUGGUCGUACCAGACCCCACCCUCUUCUCCGAGCACCACCAUGUCCCGCAAGUCAAGCGUCUGCAGCAGCCUGAACAGCGUCAACAGCAGCGACUCGCGGUCCAGCGGCUCCCACGGCUCCCACUCGCACUCGCCCAGCUCCCACUACCGCUACCGCGGCUCCAGCCUGGCCCAGCAGGCGCCUGUGCGGCUGUCCAGCGUGUCCUCCCACGACUCAGGGUUCAUCUCCCAGGACGCCUUCCAGUCCAAGUCGCCGUCCCCCAUGCCACCUGAGGCCCCCAACCAGUUGUCUAACGGGUUUUCUCACUAUAGUUUAUCAAGUGAGUCCCAUGUGGGGCCCGUAGGGGCGAGCCUUUUCCCUCAUUGCCUGCCCGCCUCCCGCCUGCUCCCUCGGGUCACCUCUGUCCAUCUUCCAGACUACGCUCAUUAUUACACCAUUGGGCCCGGCAUGUUCCCGUCAUCUCAGAUCCCUAGCUGGAAGGACUGGGCCAAGCCAGGACCUUAUGAUCAGCCUCUCGUGAACACCCUUCAGCGCCGCAAAGAGAAGCGAGAGCCAGACCCCAGCGGAGGAGGCCCCGCUGCAGCAGGAGGUGCCCCCGCUGCUACCGAGGAAGCCCAGAGGCCAAGGAGCAUGACCGUGUCAGCCGCCACCAGGCCCGGGGAGGAGAUGGAGGCUUGUGAGGAACUGGCAUUGGCCCUGUCUCGGGGCCUCCAGCUGGACACCCAGAGGAGCAGCCGGGAUUCGCUUCAGUGCUCCAGUGGCUACAGCACCCAGACCACCACCCCCUGCUGCUCUGAGGACACCAUCCCCUCCCAAGUUUCAGAUUACGAUUAUUUCUCUGUAAGUGGUGACCAGGAGGCCGAUCAGCAGGAGUUUGACAAAUCCUCCACCAUCCCGAGAAACAGCGACAUCAGCCAGUCCUAUCGAAGGAUGUUCCAAGCCAAGCGCCCGGCCUCGACCGCGGGCCUUCCCACCACCCUUGGACCUGCUAUGGUCACCCCAGGGGUUGCAACCAUCCGACGGACCCCUUCCACCAAGCCUUCUGUCCGCCGGGGGACCAUAGGAGCCGGUCCCAUCCCCAUCAAGACACCCGUGAUCCCUGUUAAGACCCCCACGGUCCCAGACCUCCCUGGGGUGCUGCCAGCCCCUCCAGAUGGGCCUGAGGAGCGGGGUGAGCACAGCCCAGAGUCGCCGUCUGUGGCUGAGAGCCCUCAAGGUGUCACCAGUGUGCCCACCUCAAUGUGGAGCGGCCAAGCCUCCAUCAACCCCCCUCUUCCAGGCCCAAAACCGAGCAUCCCCGAGGAGCACAGACAGGCGAUUCCAGAAAGCGAGGCCGAAGACCAGGAGAGGGAUCCCCCAAGUGCCACUGCCUCGCCAGGCCAGGUUCCAGAGAGCGACCCUGCAGAUGUGAGCCCGAGGGACGUCCCGCAAGGAGAAGACAUGCUGAACGCCAUCCGAAGAGGCGUGAAACUGAAGAAGACCACGACAAAUGACCGCUCAGCCCCGCGCUUCUCUUAGGCUCUCUUAGGCUCACAAGAAAUGUUGCCAGUGGGGAAUGAACUGUCUAAUUAAUAAGACCUAAUUUGUCUUGAUCCAUUCCAAUCUAUAAUCAAAAGAUUUUGUAGGCAACUCAGAACACAGCUCUUUUGAAAGUACACCUUUAGAUAAGAAUUAAAAGCAACAUACGUAACUGACAUAACCUUGAUCUUUUAAUUUGUAAAUAUCAACAGUUUUCUUUCUGCACAUUUUAAUCUUAAGUUUCCCUUUUGAUUUUUCUGAAGGUGCCAAAUUCCAUUUAACUUUUUUACAAGUCUUUGUAAAAUUUUAAAUGCAUAAGGGCGGGGGGAGGUCGGGCAGGGGAACCACAAAGUUAGUGAUUUCAGAAGAAAGGAUAACUAUACUUAGCUUUUUUUCUUUUGUUUUCCUGCAAGCUUUUGUAGAUGCAUUGUAGUAGUCUGGCUUAGGAGCAAAUUCAAGUUAUUUUAAUGUACAAACAAAAUGGAUAAGGAGUAAAAAUCCUUAUCCAAGCAAACUACUUUCGGGAUGAGAAAUGCGGGAGUCAGUUGAUGAGCAAUAUCUGGAGUGAAGUAACUCCGGAAAUGGUAGACUGUGUUGGGAUUGGGGGGAGGGUCGGGGGAGGGGCACACCGUCAACAUAGCCGAUCCUGUUACGUUUAAGGGUAGCCUCGUAGGUUGAAUUUCUAGUAGCUUCAUGGUAAAUGCAUCCGAAUAAGCCAUACUGGAUUGCAGUGUUUGUUUCUGUAGGGUGUUUAAGGACUUCCUUUCUCCCACGAUUCCUCCUGACUGCACACAGCACCCACCUCCAGUCCUGUGCAUGCGGCCGCCACCGGGUAGACAUAGAACCCCCACUUCAGUUACUCGUCUGUUAUACCUACUUUCAUUGAGUCCAAAUGCAUCCAAAAUGGUAAGGCAGUUUUAAAAAUGUGAAAACAUUUAAAAAUGAUAGCAGGGAAUUCUUAGAUAUAGCAAAUGCCUUUUACUUAACUGUGCCCAGCAGGCUGGGUGCGUUGAAAAGCCCAAAUAUUUUGAAAAAACUCGAGCGGAUUUAACAAGGGUAACCAGCUUGGAGUCGAGCAACUUGCCAAUGUGUUUACCAGUCUGGGGGCUUGUUUUUCUUAUCUUCUUUUAAAUAAGUGGCAGUUAACUGGCUUCAUACUAAACAUUGGAGAAGAGGAUUUCUUUCUUGUCACCUGGAAUCUGACCACUAUCCUGUCCUCUUUUUUAUAUUCUAGGUAAUGUUUUUUGGAAUGGAUUUCUUUUUUUUUUUAAGUGAAAGUUAAAUUUGUUAUAAUGCCCAUCCCCUAAAGCCAACAGAGAUUUGUAGAUUUAAAGGGAUCACAUUUGGGGACUCUAUCGGUGUUUUUUUUUUUUU